UAUGGCGGCAAAGCCCAAAGGUACCUUUCAAACCCUCCACUGAGAACAAAAACCCUGUAAAGGGUCUUCGGCCAGAGCUCAUUCCAUUUCACUUCCAAGUAGCAAAACCAGUACCUCCAGAGCAUCAUGGAGGAAUCCAGCUCUAUCUUGUGUGAUUUAGGGGCUCUCGAUUCCCUCAGCGACGAUGAAAUUCAAGAAAUUCUCAAUAUCUACGCCCAAUUCUGUGCUGCUACCGAGGCGCUUCUCAACGACACUGGAAAUCUAUCAUUGCGAUCGGAGUUCGUUGCUCACGUACAAUCCCUCUGCAAGCACGGCCUCGAAUCUCUUGUCCUCAAUCACUUCCUUCGAGCCCUAGAGGAAAAUUUCGAGACAAAUGGUGCUAUGGAAUUUUGGGGGCAUUUCGACGCUUACCAGAAUAUUGCACUUCUAAACACCUGCAACCCACCUCAUUCGGAAGAGGAAGUUCGAGAAGUGCUAUGUAAAGCUUUAGAAGAGGUCUCCAUGAAAAAGAAAUGCCAGGAGGAGUUCUUGUCAAUACUGGUUCAUGUUUUACAGUCGUACAAAUAUGAUGUAAUGGAGAAAGGACGUCAAUAUGACGCUGAAACUGAAGUAGUUCGUGUCUUUGCAAAGUAUCAACUACUUGUUUCCUCAGUUCUUAUGGCUACACUUCCUCGGCAUUUUCCUGAUUUACUCCACUGGUAUUUUAAGGGAAAGCUGGAAGAGUUGAGUGUUGUCAUGGCCGGAGAAUUAAACGGAGAUUAUGAGUCCCAAUGUAAAGAUGAUAUGGAUCUAGAUGGAAAAGGUAGAAUCUCCAGCAAGAGUGGUCAAAGGGAUUUUCAUGAGAGCUAUCAGUUGGAGAAGUUCUCUAAUAUCCAUCAAUUAGUGAAAAACAUCGGGAAAGUUGUUCUUGAUCUUAGGAGUCUUGGGUUUACAUCUAUGGCCGAAGAUGCCUAUGCUUCUGCCAUAUUCUCACUCCUAAAGGCAAAAGUGGAUUAUCUUGCUGGCGAUGAUUACAGGAGCUCUGUUUUGGAGCCUAUUAAAGAGUGGAUAAGGGCUGUGCCACUCCAUUUUUUGCAUUCCCUUCUUGCUUAUCUUGGAAAUUCUGCUGAUAACAGCAGUCCUUUGCUUAGUCUGAAAUCAUCGUUAGCUCCCCAUGCAUCCUCAUUCAACUCUGGAGUUGAUACUCCUGAAGGACUUAUUAGGUGGCAGUCUCGACUGGAGUAUUUUGCAUAUGAGACUUUGCAAGACUUGAGGAUUGCAAAACUUUUCGAGAUAAUAGUGGAUUAUCCCGACAGCUCUCCGGCAAUUGAAGAUUUAAAACAGUGUCUUGAAUACACUGGGCAACAUUCUAAGCUUGUUGAAUCUUUCAUCUCGGCACUACGAUAUCGCCUACUUACUGCUGGAGCUUCAACGAAUGAUAUAUUGCAUCAAUAUGUUUCCACUAUCAAAGCACUCCGCACAAUAGACUCAGCUGGUGUUUUUCUUGAAGCAGUGGGUGAACCAAUAAGGGAAUACUUGAGGGGAAGGAAAGAUACCAUCAAAUGUAUUGUGACAAUGCUUACUGACGGGACUGGUGGAAAUUCCAAUGUAUCUGGAAAUACUGGUGCUAGCCUUCUUGAAGAAUUAAAUAGAGAUGAAGAUGGUCAAGAAAAUGUAGGUCUAGAUGAUGAUUUUCACACUGAUGACAAGCAAGCCUGGAUGAACGCUUCAAGAUGGGAGCCUGACCCUGUAGAAGCUGAUCCAUUGAAGGGUGGGAGGACUAGAAGGAAGGUUGACAUUCUUGGGAUGCUAGUUAGCAUAAUUGGUUCAAAAGACCAACUAGUUAAUGAAUAUCGUGUCAUGCUGGCAGAAAAACUUCUAAAUAAGUCUGAUUAUGACAUUGACUCGGAGAUACGAACACUAGAGCUACUCAAGAUUCAUUUUGGAGAAAGUAGCAUGCAGAAGUGUGAAAUUAUGCUCAAUGAUCUAAUUGAUUCCAAGAGGACUAACUCUAAUAUUAAAGCAACAAUAAAAGUGCCAUCACAAACAGUUGAUCUCAAGGAGAGCACGAUUUCAAUGAAUGACUUUGAUGCAACUAUCUUGUCUUCAAAUUUCUGGCCUCCAAUUCAGGAUGAAAACAUAAACCUACCUGCAUCAGUGGAUCAUCUGCUUACGGAUUAUGCUCAGAGGUUUCAUGAAAUUAAGACACCUCGUAAGCUACAGUGGAAGAGAAAUCUCGGUACAGUAAAGUUGGAGUUGCAAUUUGAAGAUAGAGAAGUGCAGUUCACUGUAGCUCCCGUUCAUGCAGUGAUUAUUAUGCAAUUCCAACAUCAAAAAAGUUGGAGUGCUAAGAGUCUUGCAGCUGCAAUUGGUUUGCCAGUAGAUGUACUUUCUCGGCGGAUAAACUUCUGGGUUAAUAAGGGAAUUCUCACGGAGUCCCGUGCUGCGGAUUCCACCGACCAUGUAUAUGUCCUCGUAGAAAAUAUGAUCGACACAAGUAAAAAUGUUUCAAAUAACGGCAAUAAUGAGGACCUUAUGGUUGGCGAGGAUGAGGGAGAGGGUUCUGUUGCUUCUGUUGAGGACCAAAUACGUAAAGAAAUGACUAUCUACGAGAAAUUCAUCUUGGGGAUGCUCACAAAUUUUGGAAGUAUGGCUUUAGAUCGAAUUCAUAAUACUCUCAAGAUGUUUUGUGUAGCGGAUCCUUCUUAUGACAAGUCAAUCCAACAGCUACAAAGCUUUUUAUCUGGCCUUGUUUCUGAAGAGAAAUUAGAACUCAGAGAUGGAAUGUACCUGCUCAAGAAAUAAACUGCUCCCCACAAUCAAAUUCUGGCACACGCAUUACAUCAGGGAAAAUAUAUAUGAUUUAGUUCCUAUGUACUAUUUUUUUCAGUUAAUGUUCUAAAAGUUCUCUAAUUUUUCCCAUAGAUAUCGAAGAUUAGGUUGAAUAUCUAGGGAUUAUUAUGAACAGCCUAAAAUAAUUUUAAAUCAACCUGUCUAAAGAACGAACGUGGUACCAUUACUGGCAAACAUUGUGUAUCUUAGAAUGGUUUUGUAGAUCAAGAAAUCUAUUUAGAGUGAGAUUCUUUAGGGUAGUCCGUAGGUGUUUGUGUGUGUGAGAUCCUCUAUCAACUUAAUUAUGAUGAGAACUCUCUUACGAGUUAUUGUGAAGAUUUAAAGAACACAUAUUAUUGUAAUGUUUUGUUA